UGAAACCCUACCCCAUCUGAGGAGCUCCUGCAACUGACAGCUGCUGGUGGGGGGAGAGUCCCUUUUCUUCUGAUGUGCGGCAGGUAGCCCUUGCUCCAGCGGACUCUCACACCUGUGUGCACGUAGGAUGAACUAAUUGGACGUAGUGAGGGACUUGCAGAGCCCCAUAUAAUGAGGAAGAUGGCAAGCUAGCAGGCACCAGUGACAUAUCCUGGGCGAGGAUGGCACGAUGCACAGGGUCACAUGGAGCACAGUGGCAUUACGCUGCCCUUGCACAUAGAGGAUGCUCAGUCAAACGCUGACAGCUAGGCAGAGCCUCUGAAGAGCCCAUCCCCCUGCUCCGCUAGCCCUCUGGGUGAAAGGCUGUCCUACCGGCAAAAGGUCUCGGUGGGCUUCAUCUCUGAGCAUCGGACCCUCUGCCAUUCCAGCCUCCCAUGCCGAGGCCCGCUCUGUCAGUCACUGCGUUUUGUCACCGGCUUGGCAAACGGGAGAGCAAAAGAAGCUUCAUGGGAAACAGCAGCAACAGUUGGUCCCAUGCAUCAUUCCCCAAGCUGGAGCUGGGCCUGGGACACCGUCCCUCCCCACCCCGGGAGCCGCCCACCUGCUCCAUCUGUCUGGAAAGGCUUCGAGAGCCUGUCUCACUGGACUGUGGCCAUGACUUCUGCGUUCGGUGCUUCAGCACGCACCGCAUCCCAGGCUGUGAGACACCCUGCUGCCCCGAGUGCCGGAAAAUCUGCAAGCAAAAGAAAGGCCUCCGCAGUCUAGGGGAGAGGAUGAGGCUUCUGCCACAGAAGCCGCUGCCCCCUGCACUGCAGGAGACCUGUGCUGUGAGGGCAGAGCGGCUGCUAUUGGUGCGGAUCAAUGCCUCUGGAGGCCUCAUCCUCAGGAUGGGAGCCAUAAACCGUUGCCUGAAGCAUCCACUGGCCAGGGACACACCUGUCUGUUUACUUGCUGUCCUGGGAGAGCAGCACUCAGGAAAGUCCUUCCUCCUGGACCACUUGCUUAGAGGCUUACCAAGCCUGGAAUCUGGUGACAGUGGCAGGCCCAGAACAGAGGGGUCCCUGCCUGGGAUCAGAUGGGGUGCCAAUGGCCUUACCAGGGGCAUCUGGAUGUGGAGUCACCCCUUUCUGCUGGGAAAAGAAGGGAAGAAGGUGGCUGUGUUCUUAGUGGACACAGGAGAUGUCAUGAGCCCAGAACUGAGCAGGGAAACAAGGGUCAAGCUCUGUGCUCUCACCAUGAUGCUCAGCUCCUACCAGAUCCUGAACACCUCCCAAGAGCUGAAGGACACAGACCUGGGCUACCUAGAGAUGUUUGUUCACGUGGCUGAGGUGAUGGGCAAGCAUUAUGGGAUGGUGCCAAUCCAGCAUCUGGACCUCUUAGUUCGUGACUCUUCUCAUCACAAUAAGUCAGGGCAAGGGCACAUGGGUGACAUACUCCAGAAGCUGUCUGGCAAAUACCCCAAGGUCCAGGAGCUGCUCCUAGGGAAACGGGCCCGCUGUUACCUCCUGCCUGCUCCUGAGAGGCAGUGGGUAAACAAAGGCCAAGCAAGCCCAGGAGGCAACACAGAAGAUGACUUCUCCCACCUCUUCCGGGCCUACAUCUUGGAUGUGCUGAGCACAGCACCUCAGCAUGCUAAGAGCCGCUGCCAAGGGUACUGGAGUGAGGGCCGUGCUGUGGCCAGGGGGGACAGACGCCUGCUCACAGGGCAGCAGCUAGCACAGGAGAUCAAGAACCUCUCAGGCUGGAUGGGGAAGACUGGACCCAGUUUCAGCUCCCCAGAUGAGAUGGCUGCCCAGCUCCAUGACCUGAGGAAAGUGGAAGCUGCCAAGAAGGAGUUUGAGGAAUACGUGAGGCAGCAGGACAUAGCCACUAAGCGCAUCUUCUCUGCGCUCCGAGUCCUGCCUGACACCAUGCGGAACCUGCUCUCUACCCAGAAGGACGCCAUCUUGGCUCGCCAUGGUGUGGCCUUGCUGUGCAAGGAGAGAGAGCAGACCUUGGAGGCCCUGGAAGCUGAGCUGCAGGCAGAGGCCAAGGCCUUCAUGGACUCCUACACAAUGCGCUUCUGUGGCCACCUGGCCGCAGUCGGGGGCGCCGUAGGUGCUGGGCUCAUGGGCCUGGCAGGGGGUGUGGUGGGAGCAGGCAUGGCGGCAGCAGCAUUGGCUGCGGAAGCCGGGAUGGUGGCAGCUGGGGCAGCCGUGGGGGCCACUGGGGCUGCUGUCGUUGGGGGCGGUGUGGGUGCUGGCCUGGCUGCUACAGUGGGCUGCAUGGAAAAGGAGGAGGAUGAGCAGGUACAAGGAGGGGACCGAGAGCCCCUGCUCCAGGAAGAAUAACAUCUAGGAGACUUUGGAGGGUGAGAGAGAUGAAAGGCAAGAGGAAGGGUGUGGACAUGCCAGGAUUCAGAGGGGCCACAUGUAUACUGGCCCAGUUGAAGGCCUUUGCCAUUCACUGGCUGAGCUGGGGGUUUAAGCUGAGUCCAGGAACCUGGGGAGGCUUUUGGCCAGGAGGCCGCGUUGGAGUGCAGUAAUGCAAGGCCUGUUUCUGGUUGUGGAUAAUUGCCACUCACUGGAGCCCAGGAUCACCCACCACAAAUAAGGUUCCACCUCCCCCACCCCACUCCAGUUUAUUUCCCUGGAGGGCGCUGGCCUGGAAAUUUAUCCCUGGAUCCAGAGUCCUGUGCUUUUUACAGUUGGGACAGGUCCCAGCACGACUGACUUCAGAGCUGGGAGGGAGGAAGAGGAGGGACCACAGGACAGAGAUGGGUAUGACAGAUUGAGGUAUAACCCUGGAGCGGCAUCUUGUUCCCCAAACUGCUCCAGAAGGACAGGCGUGGCCAGCCUCCCUGCUCUUCAGCUGGGUGUCCAGAUGUGUGUCCUGAACCGCCCCGUACCCCAGUCUCCUGCAGUCCUCCUGGGCCUGUGCCCCGUGCCAAGCCCAUUUGGAUGGAUCAAGACAGAUUAAAUGCCAAAGAACCACACCUCUGAUUACAGUCUGUGCAAAAGCAGUUGACCAGGUUCUGCCAAUGGCUGGUAAGGGAAAGUGCAGGAAAUGAGCUCUGUUCUCAAGCACAGCCCCUCUCCCUUGGGCUGUAGGCCCUCUGUGCUACACUGUAAGACCUCUUUGAUGUACCUCUCUGCAAGAAGCCCCCAGAUAGCUUGUGGAAUAGGGAGCCUCUCUUGGGGGAUGGAAACAUCUAAGGAGACCUCUGGGCUAUUAAACUGUAAAGGAUGUUGGGCA